AUGGAGGAAGAAGCUAAUUCUUAUUUUCAUGAUAAAUAUUGCGAUUGCAAAUGUGUUUGCGGCGAUACAAUAUCAGAACCAAUAAGCGAGCAUGUAGAAUUAACAGGCCGCAAGGAGUUUAUUUUCUCAAUUGUUACAAGAACUGAAAAUUAUCUACGAGAAAGACGUAUUCCUGAAUUAAUUCGAUUCUUAUUCACAAAGGUUAUUGCUCAUUCACCAGAUCAACCUGUGGCUUUUCUUGAACAAUUAUUGGAUGAUUGUAUGCUUUUUCGCGCGGGGCAUGGUGUACCACCUGUUUUAUACGAAAAUAGACAUUUGGAAGCUAUAAUCAAAAGUUUCGAUCCUGCUUUACGAGGUUCGCUUAGUACUGGACAAGUUCGACGACUUUACACUACACUUGGGUUAAGUUAUUCAGAAAUUCCCGAUGAGAGGGUACCAUGUGACGAAGUUUUGAAAAAAUUGAAAGAGGCUCAAGAGAUAGAACUAGCGCAAUUACUAGGAGCUGGAGUAAUAAAUGAAUAG